CCAAUCAAUGAAAUACUUGUCCACAUUGUUGGUGAUACACAACGCUUUUACCCAUAUUUCAAGAAAAGGUUUUCUAAGCCAGAAUGUUAUGGCUGCAGUUAAUUUCGACAUGUACUCCCGUUAUGCACUUGUAGGUUGGGAAGGAUCCGCAUCAUAUUCUAAAGUUCUAUAUGAUGCAAUUAGUAAUGGACGCAGUAGACUUGCAGUGCAUGAGGGAAAAUAUCACCUUGUAGAUGGUGGCUAUCCUACGAUGUGUUGUUUCAUAGGACCAUACCAAAGAGUCCGUUACCCUAAACAAAUUUACUUGAAGCCCAUGAGCUCCUCAAAAUCACAUGGAGUUAUUCAAGAAGUGGCAUUCGAUGCUUAGAAAUGUGGUGGAGAGGACAUUUGGGCUUUGGAAAGCCAGAUUUCCCGUACUCAUGAAUCAAAUGCAGUAUCAUAGACGAGCACAUGUUGAUGUAGUUGUUGAAUGUGCAAUAUUGCACAACUACAUCAUGAUGACAUGAGGAGCCGAUAAUAGACGAGAGCUGCAUUUUAGAAGGAGCGUUGGGAGUGAACUGGUAAUUGACGAAGAUGAUGGUUUCUCGCAAUUGCCUCAGGGGUAAGCUGAUCAUGAUGAUGGUGUCAGUCUGCAAGAUGCCAUGGCGACACAGUUGUGGUAGUCCUACUUAAGUCACUAGAAGUUAUUUCGCCUAUUUAUUAUGUUGAAAUAACAUAAUAUAGCUUUUUCGCACAUGUUGAUGUAGUUGUUGAAUGUGCAAUAUUGCACAACUACAUCAUGAUGACACGAGGAGCCGAUAAUAGAAUAGAUGUGUUUUAGAAGGAGCGUUGGGAGUGAACUGGUAAUUGACCCAGAUGAUGGUUUCACGCAAUUGACUCAGGGAUAAGCUGAUCAUGAUGAUGGUGUCAGUCUGCGAGAUGCCAUGGCGACACAAUUGUGGGAGUCCUACUUAAGUCGCUAGAAGUUAUUUCGCCCAUUUAUUAUGUUGAAAUAGCACAAUAUAGCUUUUUCUUGCAAACUAUAUUUGUGUUAAUCUGGCCUUGUGUUGAAAGAA